AUGUCUGCCAGUGGCGAAUCUAAAGGUUUAGUGUUGGAAAACACUGCCCGUAGAGAUGCUUUAAUAGCUAUUGAAAAGAAGUACCAAAAAAUUUGGGCUGAAGAACACCUUUUCGAAAUCGAUGCACCAUCAAUUGAAGAGGAAAGUGUCGAAAUUGACUCGGAAGAGCUGCAGAAGAAGUACCCCAAAUUCAUGUCCUCUAUGGCUUACCCAUACAUGAAUGGUGUUUUGCACGCAGGUCACUGCUUCACUCUUUCAAAAGUUGAAUUCUCCGUGGGUUUCGAGAGAAUGAAUGGUAAGCGUGCUCUCUUCCCAUUGGGUUUUCACUGUACUGGUAUGCCUAUUCUUGCAUGUGCUGAUAAGCUGAAGAGAGAAGCAGAGCUAUUCGGAGAAGAUUUUACGGGCGCCUUGCCGGAGGAAGAAGAAGAACCUGUAGAAGAAGUCAAACAAGAAUCGGAGGAUGUGACCAAGUUCAAGGCCAAGAAAUCAAAGGCUGCUGCCAAGAAGGGUCGUGGUAAGUAUCAAUUCGAAAUCAUGCUACAGCUAGGUAUCCCAAGAGAGGAAGUUAUCAAGUUUGCAGAUGCAGAAUAUUGGUUGACAUACUUUCCGCCACUUUGUGAAAGAGACUGUACAUCAUUUGGUGCCCGUAUAGACUGGAGACGUUCUUUCAUUACCACUGAUGUUAAUCCUUACUAUGAUGCUUUCAUAAGAUGGCAAAUGAACAAGUUAAAGGAACUUGGUAAAAUUAAAUUUGGUGAGCGUUACACUAUCUAUUCUGAAAAGGACGGUCAAGCAUGCAUGGAUCAUGAUAGACAAUCAGGUGAAGGUGUCACGCCCCAAGAAUAUGUGGGUAUCAAGAUUGAGGUUACAGAAUUUGCACCAGAAGCCAAGAAGAUAAUCGAAUCAUCUACUUCUCUAGACAAGUCUAAGAAGUUGUACUUUGUUGCAGCCACUUUGAGACCUGAAACCAUGUACGGUCAGACAUGUUGUUUUGUCUCUCCAAAGCUGGACUAUGGUAUCUUUGAUGCUGGUGACUGUUACUAUAUCACCACUGAAAGAGCUUUUAAAAACAUGAGUUACCAAAAGUUAACACCUAAGAGAGGUUACUACAAGCCUGUCAUCAGUAUCAAUGGUAAAGCUUUCAUUGGGUCUAAGAUUCAUGCACCACUAGCCGCUUAUGAUGAAUUGAGGAUUCUGCCAAUGGAAACUGUCAUUGCUACUAAGGGUACUGGUGUUGUUACUUGUGUUCCAUCGAACUCCCCUGAUGAUUACAUGACCACAAGAGAUUUACAACAUAAGCCUGAGUAUUACGGUAUUGACGCUGAGUGGGUAAAACAUGAGCCUGUACCAAUUAUUACUACCGAAAAGUAUGGAGAUCUAAUUGCCAAAGCUGUUUGUGAGGAGAAGAAGAUCAGAUCUCCAAAGGAUACCAAUUUGCUAGCUGAAGCUAAAAAGAUUGCUUACAAGGAAGACUUCUACAGUGGUACUAUGAUAUAUGGCAAAUACAAAGGUGAGAAGGUUGAGGUCGCCAAGGCUAAAGUGAAGGCUGAUAUGAUUGCUGAAGGACAAGCCUUUGUUUACAAUGAACCUGAAUCCCUAGUUAUGUCCCGUUCUGGUGAUGAAUGUAUUGUUUCUUUGGAAGAUCAAUGGUAUGUUGACUAUGGUGAAGAAUCCUGGAAGGAGCAAGCUCUAGAAUGUUUGGACCAAAUGCAGUUGUUUGCUCCUGAAGUGAAAAACGCAUUCGAGGGUUGUUUAGACUGGUUGAAAAACUGGGCUGUGUGUCGUACUUAUGGUCUUGGUACUAAAUUACCUUGGGACGAGAAGUAUUUGGUCGAGUCUCUAUCAGACUCUACUAUCUACCAGGCUUUCUAUACUAUUGCACACUUGCUAUUCAAGGACUAUUAUGGUAAUGAAGUCGGGCCACUUGGUAUAAAAGCCGAGCAGAUGACUCCUGAGGUUUUUGAUUAUAUCUUCCAGCAUUCGGAUGAUACCACUGGGAUUGAAAUUCCUCUUCAAUCUUUGCAAAGACUAAGAAGAGAAUUUGAGUACUUCUACCCAUUGGACGUUUCCAUUUCUGGUAAGGACUUAAUUCCAAACCAUUUAACAUUUUUCAUUUACACUCAUGUCGCGCUAUUCCCCAAGAAAUUCUGGCCAAGAGGUAUCAGAGCCAAUGGUCAUUUGAUGUUGAACAACGCUAAAAUGUCUAAAUCUACUGGUAACUUUAUGACUUUGGAGCAAAUUGUGCAGAAAUUCGGUGCUGAUGCUUCUCGUAUUGCUCUGGCCGAUGCAGGUGAUACCGUUGAAGAUGCCAAUUUGGACGAAUCGAACGCAAACGCUGCUAUCUUGAGAUUGUUCAUCCUUAAGGAAUGGUCCGAAGAUAUCAUGAAGCGUCUCGAUACUUUCCGUACUGGUGAGCUAACUGACAUUUUCGACGUUGCAUUCGAAAAUGAAAUGAAUGCUUUGAUCGAAGAAACCUACAAGCAGUACGACUUGACUAAUUAUAAGAAUGCUCUGAAAUUUGGUUUGUUUGAUCUUCAAGCUGCCAGAGAUUACUACCGUGAGUCGUGUGAUGUUAUGCACAAGGACCUUGUUCUUCGUUAUAUCGAGCUGCAGACUUUGGUUCUUGCUCCAAUUGCACCACAUUUUGCGGACUACAUUUGGCGUGAAGUUCUGGGCCAUAAGACUUCUGUGCAGAUUGCUAAAUUUCCUCGCGCUUCUAAACCAGUUGAUGCUGGUUCCUUGGCCGCUUUGGAGUAUCUACGUGAUUUGCAAAGAAGCAUAAGAGAAGCAGAAGGUCAAGCGUUGAAAAAGAAGAAGGGUAAGGGUUCCGAUGUUGACCCUACAAAGCCUGCUAAGCUAACCUUGCUCAUCUCUGAGUCCUUCCCUGAUUGGCAAGCUCAGUACAUUGAAAUUGUGCGCAAGCUAUUCAGCGAGCACACUCUCAAUGACAACAAGAAAAUUAAAGAGCUCGUUAAUCCAAAGGAUAUGAAGAGAGCCAUGCCUUUUAUCUCUCUUUUGAAACAACGUUUAGUUACUGAGUCUCCAGAAACCGUCUUCAACAGAGAGUUGCUAUUUGACGAAGUCGCUACCGUAAAGGCUACUAUCCAAAACAUCAAGAAAUGUUGCCAAGGUGUCAAAUGUGAGGAAUUCGAAUUCAUUUCUUUCCCACACGGUGCCAAGGUCGGUAAGGACAUUUUUACUGGUAAGGAGGUAGAGAUCCCAAAUGCAGCAAAAAUAGUAGAAAAUGCUAUCCCAGGCCAACCUGGUAUACUUAUCAGAAAUAUCUGA